AUGGGCAAAAAUUCGAGCCUGCUCGAUGCGCUGCCAUCUACGCAAGGCACUCUUCACGUCGUCAUGCUCGGCCUGGACUCUGCCGGGAAAACCACAGCACUAUACAGACUUAAGUUCGACCAAUACCUAAACACCGUACCCACGAUCGGUUUCAACUGCGAGAAAGUUAAAGGCACUAUAGGAAAGUCAAAAGGUGUCAACUUUCUUGUGUGGGACGUUGGUGGUCAAGAAAAACUGCGGCCGCUGUGGAAAUCUUACACGAGAUGCACGGACGGAAUAAUAUUUGUGCUCGAUUCAGUCGAUGUAGAACGAAUGGAGGAAGCUAAAAUGGAGCUGAUAAGAACGGCGAAGUCGCCGGAUAACACAGGCGUACCGAUACUGGUACUCGCCAACAAGCAGGAUUUGCCUGGAGCCAAGGAACCCAGGGAAUUGGAGAAACUAUUAGGACUCCACGAGUUAGUGUCCUCUCCGCACGGUUCGAGAGAUGCCCACUCGUGGCACGUCCAACCGGCGUGUGCCAUCACUGGGGAAGGUCUUCACGAAGGUUUGGACGCGUUGUACGAAAUGAUACUCAAAAGGAGAAAACUUGCGAAAUUGCAAAAGAAACGGGUCAGAUAA